AAACCCUUUUUACUCGGUACCUGGAAGAACUAGGGGAGACGUCGCACCUCAUAAUGACCUGAAACUCAACGUUUAAUCGUUUAGGUCUGUGAGAAGUUGAUAAGUAGGUGUUCCGGUCAUUUCGUUGUGUGUUUGCUAGCUUAACUUACACUAACUUAGCUGCUCGAGUUUGAACAAGUUAUACCGAGAUUGAGACGUCAACAGGUGGAUUUCCCAUUUGCUUAUCCACUAUCGAUGGCCUCAAAAGGGUGGCAGCAUCCUUACGUCAACAUAUUCAAACAUGUCAGAGUUGAAGACUGGAAAAGGUCGACAAAAGAAGGGGAUGUGUCAACAUACACGGACAAGAGGCUUAAGUGUUCAGUGUUCAGGAUCAGGGGUCCUGUUCCUGCCAACAGUUACAUCCACAUACCCAAAAACAGCAACCAGUCUCUGGGACUGACAGGUCGCUUCUUCUACCUUCUCUUCAGGCCCACCCCUGGCAAAUACUUUGUGGUCCACUUGGAUGUUUCUGUGGAGGAGGGUCAGGUGGUCCGAAUCUCUUUUUCCAACAUGUUCAAAGAGUUCAAGUCCACCGCUACCUGGCUUCAGUUUCCUUUUUUGUGCGGAGCUGCAAAGGAUUCAGUCUAUGAAAGCACAGCCAAAUCCACAAGACAUGGUUUGGUGGGUCCAGCUCCCACUUCAGUGCGUUGGACCUGUCUGAUGCUGGAUCUGCAGGACACACUUUCUGUCUACCUCAACCGCUGCUACAGUCAUCUAAAGAGCAUUAAACUCUGUGCCAACAUGGCAGUGAAAAACAUGUUUACCAGCGACCUGCUGCUAGAUCCAGGAGUGUCCUUCAGUGAGGCCAGACUAAAGGGUCUGGCCUCCUGUCAGGGAACAGGUCCCAUACCCAGAGACAUGUCAUUUCCUGUGCCCAAGGGAGGCUCCUGGCAUGACCUCUAUGAUUAUAUCAGGUUUCCCUCAGAGGGAACAAAGUUACCCUUUGACGCCAUUCAAAAAUGCAAUCCCAGGCCUGAGGCUGGUUGUUUGUCUAAUCAAAGAAGCCCCACGAGAGAAGAGUCUCGCUCUGUCAGCCUCAGCAAACCAGUUCAGGACCGUGUGUCCCUCAUCCAGCAGAUCACCACUCCAAAAUCACUCCCCAGGAAUCAAACUCCUGUGGUGACCAACAUACCAGAGCUUGGCGUAGUUUCCACCCACCAGAGUGAUGACUGGCUUUGCCAUGAUAAUGACCAGCAUCACCAUGAGUCCCCGUGCUGCAGUUCACAGCAGUUCACAUCCAGGUCUCCCUGGAAUACAGAUGACGGGGGAGUUCAUGUGCACGUUCAUACUGAGGAGGGCUUCAGCAAACAUGAGGAGGAAAGUGAAGAAGAGUUGGUUUGCACUCCAGUUCCACGUCCGAUCCAUCUAACAUCGUCCAAAGAAACCAGACAGCAGAAGCUGCUCCCAGACCCGAUUCUCAGGCUCAAUCGAAUCAUUGGCUUUGGAGGAGCCACUACUAAAUGUGCCCUAUGGACCAAAUCGGGGGAUGCAGUGGUGUAUCCGUGUCAUGCAAUUAUCGUCUCUAUGAAGAUAUCCUCUAACCAGCAGAGAUUCUUUAUCGGCCACACUGAUAAGGUAUCUGCACUGGCUUUUAAUGGCAACACAACACUGCUGGCCUCAGCACAAACUGGCAGUCACAGUGUAGUUCGAGUGUGGAACUACCAUAAAGGGAACUGUCUGGCUAUGUUUAGGAUUCAUGCGCACUCUUUAUCCUCUCUUAGCUUUUCAUAUGGUGGAGGUAUUCUCUGUGGAGUGGGUAAAGACAGUCACAGCAAAACAAUGGUGGUGGUGUGGAAUACUCUGAACGUUAGUAAAGGCGGAGAGGUGACCAUUUUAGCCAAAGCACACACAGAUGUGGACAUUCACACCAUGAAGGUUGCCGUCUUCGAUGAUACCAGGAUGGUGUCAUGUGGUCGUGACAAUGUUCGCCUGUGGCGAGUGAGGAAUGGGACGCUGCGUUCCUGUCCAGUCAACCUGGGUGAAUACCACUCACUUGACUUCACUGAUGUGGCCUUUGAGGAGGGAAACUCCAACCAGCAUCUUGAUGAUCGAACACUAUAUGCCAGCAGUCGAAGUGGCUACAUCUUUGAAAUAGACUACAGCAGAGUUAUUAUUAGAAAUGUCAGGAGGCUGUUGCCUGCACAGCAGCAGCAUAAAAACCGCAGGGAGAAAUUGACUUUUAACACAGGUCCAGGCAUUGCCAUCAACAGCAUCAGUGUGUCCUCAUCAUUUUGUGCUACGGGCUCAGAAGACGGCUUCUUGCGACUUUGGCCCCUUGAUUUUUCUGCCGUUUUCCUUGAGGCUGAGCAUGAGGGACCUGUGAGCCUGGUGUCGGUCUCAUUAGACAGCCUUCAGGUCUUGGCCGCCACCUCUACCGGUAACCUUGGUUUCCUUGAUGUGAGCAGCCGUGGUUACAACACACUGAUGAGGUCACAUACAGACACUGUGCUCGGCUUCAGUGUGGAUGGCAUCCGUCGACACCUCACAACAGCCUCUUCCGAUGGCACAGUGCGCAUUUGGAACAUGGAUUCCUUGCAUCAGUUGUAUGAUUUUGUGUCAGAAGACAGUCCCUGUUCAGUGGCCUUCCAUCGCAGCGAGCAGGUCUUCUCUUGUGGCUUCAGCUCCGGCAUCGUCAGAGUCUUCGACAUCUCCAGUGCCAAACUGCUGGCUGAACACAAGCAACACAGAGGAGAAGUGGUGGGUCUUGCCUUUUCUCCGGAUGGGGAGUUCAUGUACAGUGCUGACUCAAAGGGCUCUCUGGCACUUUACAACGCUUCUGAGGAAGAACACAGUGUGAUCAGAGUUGUGUGUAAUGUGGUGGCCCGAGGCACUGAGCGUUCUCCAGACGCUCUCACAGUGAGCAGUGACAGCCGCUGCCUGGCUUUUAUUGGUCCCUCGGAUUACAUUGUCACCAUCGCUGACUCCCAGUCUCUGGAUGAGUUGCUCCAUGUAGAUGUGAGUAUUUUGGACAUACAAAGCACCCGUCUCGAUUCUGCACUGAGGGUCUGCUUCUCUCCGGCCUCCACUGAACAUUUGUUGGUCGCCACAUCUGCUAACAAGAUCCUCUGGGUUAGCACCAAGACAGGACGUCUGCUCCGAGAGGUGUCUAAGGUGCACAAACACCAGUGCUCGUCACUCGCUGUGAGUGAGGACAGUCAGUUCUUGCUGACAGCAGGACACAACGCUCUCAAAGUGUGGGAUUAUAACAUGCAGCUUGAUAUCAACUCACAGAUGUUCAUAGGCCACAGUCAGCCGAUCCGCCAGUUGAGCUUCACCCCUGACCAGCUGGGCGUGGUCUCAGUGGGAGAUGCCAUAUUCCUUUGGGACUUCUUGGCACAUCCUGUUGACUCUUUGACUGACAACUGUUCACCUCUCAGAGAAAGCUGCAUCUCAGCUCCUAAAUCAGUUCACCCAGAGGCUGAAGUGAGUGGAGUUCGGCUGUCCAAUGGAAUGCCUCGCCAGACAGCGCCCCUCCCCUCAUCACCACCACCACGACUGGAUGUCAGCACCCUUGACCAAGUUGACCAGGGGGGUUUGGGCUCCUUGUUGAUUUGUGACGGCACCCAGACUCUCCCAACCGCCAUAGUUCCAGCCACUAGCUCAGGUCCUUCCUCUGACCCUAGACCUGCUGCCUCUUUCCUCAAAGUCACAGAGCUGGUCAACACAGCAGCCUUGAAUCAAAGUCAUAUGGACACUGCUGAGUUGAAAGGGAAGAUGCCAGUACGUCCCGAUUGUUACAGGCACUUCAUCCCACGUUUCAAGUACUCCACUCUUGACCAGGCUGCUGUGGCUCCCCAACCAGGAGAAGAAGGCAUAAAGCUGAAAGCAGUGAUUGGCUACAAUGGCAAUGGGCGUGGCAACAUGGUGUGGAGCCCUGACCAAGGCUUAUUUGCAUACUCGUGUGGCUGUGUGGUGGUGGUGGAGUACCUUCAUACGGGAAGUCAGAGACACCUGCAGGGCCACAGCGAGGAGAUCUCCUGUCUUGCUGUCACAAAUGAUGCACAGACAUUGGCAUCAGCAGCUGCAGGCAGUAAUGGUCGCAGAAGCCUCAUCUGCAUUUGGGACAUCCAGAGUGGAACUUGCCGUAAUACGAUGUCUUACCACACAGGGGCCGUACAAAGUCUGGCCUUCUCCAGGGAUGAUCGCUUCUUUCUCUCUGUUGGAGACUUCUCUGACCCAGAGGUGGCUCUGUGGAGCAGCAAGACCUUUCAGCUGCUGUCCAGUGUGAGUGUGUCAGGGCCGAUCCAUGAUGCAGCCUUCAGCCCCUCAGCAGCCAGCCAGCUGGCCUGCGUUGGCAGCCAAGGGGUUUACUUCUGUCUCCUCCACACUCAUGGCUCUGAUGUAGACCUCAAGGUCCAGAGGGUGAAAGCACCAGCAGAGUUGGGUGAUGUGGAGCUCACGGCUCUUUGCUACCACAUGGACUCCUUUCUCUUCACCGCCACCAACCGAGGACACGUUUGUGUCUGGGACAUAAACACACAGCGCUGCUUCAUGAGCUGGGAAGCUGAUGAGGGAGAGAUCGGAGCCCUGCUGUGCCGGGGGAACCGUCUGUUGACUGGCAGCAACACCCGCUGGUUGCGACUGUGGGGGGUAGAAGCUGUGCAGGGCUUGAAGCCUCAGGAAAAGGUCUGCAGUGGGGAAGACAGUGACAUCACAGUGGUGUUGGAGCAGGAGAUAAUGCUGGAUGGAACAACAGUCAGUGCAGCAUUUGACAACACAAUGGACAUGGGCAUUGUGGGCACCACAGCAGGAACCCUCUGGUACAUCAACUGGCCAGACAGCAGCAGUAUCCGGCUGGUCAGUGGACACAAGACGAAGGUGAAUGAUGUGGUGUUCAGCUCUGACGAGAGACAUUUUGCCACCUGCAGCGAGGACGGCAGCGUGAGAGUGUGGUCAGCUCCCAGCAAUGAACUGGUGGUGCAGUUUCAGGUGCUCAAUCAGGCCUGUGGCUGUGUAUGCUGGAGCCCUUCUUCCAGUACAGAGAGCACAUGUGUAGCUGCAGGAUACAGCGAUGGGACCCUGAGGAUCUUCCGCCUUUCUUCGUCAGAGAUGGAGAUGAAGCUGCAUCCCCAUCAAGUGGCUGUCUCUGCCAUCCAGUACUCGGCAAAUGGUCAUGUGAUCCUUUCAGCGGGGAAGAAUGGUCUGGUAGCUGUCAGCAGCCCAGUGAAUGGAGCGACUGUGCGUUUCAUCAGGGACCACAAAGGAGCACCCAUUACCACCAUCCAGUGUGUGAAUGAACAGUGUAAGAAUUUCGGACUGGAGGGGAACGAGAUGUGGUUGGCUGCCAGCGCUGACAGACGCGUUAGCGUUUGGGCUGCAGAUUGGUUGAAGGACAAAUGUGAUCUGCUUGACUGGCUGACCUUCCCUGCUCCUGCCUAUUUUGGGGAUGACAGCCCACCUCCCAGCCUGGCUGCCUUCUGCCCUGCUGACCCCAGCCUGGUGGUCUACACCGGCUACGGCGUUGACAAGGAACUGUCCUUCUACAGCCUGGCUAAAAAACAGAUAAUAAAAAAGAUUGCCCUGCCUGACUGGGCCACAUGCUUUAGCCUCUCCUGUAAGAGUCAGCUCAUAGCUGUGGGAUCAAAAGAGCGAGUGUUGAAGUUGAUCAACUCGACCAGCGGCAGGUUCCAGGACUUCCUGCAGCACAGCGACUCACUGCAGACGUGUCACUUCUCUCCCUCGGGGACGCUUCUUUUCACUGUAGCUUAUAAUGAGAUCCUGCUGUGGGAGGUGCAGGGCCUCUGAGGGCCUCAGAUCUGUUUUUAGAUUUAUCCCAAUUCACACAUGCCGAGCUUAUGUUGUCACUUGAUGUAAUUACAUUGUUCUGUAUUUAUUUUUUAUCAAUAUUUGAAGGGAAAUCAUAUUCAUUUGUGGAGACGCUUUGUGUAAGAUUUUCCACAUCUGAGUCUUUUUUUUUUUUGUUUUGCAUGUUCAGUCACUUCUAAUGUUUGACUAUUUAUUGUAGGGUUUGUUUUUUUUUUACUGUGAAUUAGAAUGCGUAUAAAUACUG